AUGGCGCAAAGGUACGAUGAGCUGGCUCAUUACGGCGGCACGAUGGACGGAGUCGGAGUCCCCACCUCCAUGUACGGAGAUCCGCACGCCCCGCGGCCGCUGCCCCAGGUCCACCACCUGAACCACGGGCCGCCCCCGCACCCGACGCAGCACUAUGGAGCCCACGCACCGCACAACAUCAUGCCCGGCAGCAUGGGCAGCGCCGUCAACGACGCAUUAAAGAGAGACAAGGACCAGAUCUACGGCCACCCUUUAUUCCCUCUGCUGGCUCUGGUGUUCGAGAAGUGCGAGCUGGCGACCUGCACACCCAGAGAGCCCGGCGUGGCGGGAGGAGACGUCUGCUCCUCCGACUCCUUCAAUGAAGACAUAGCCGUAUUUGCAAAACAGAUUCGCGCCGAGAAACCUUUAUUUUCUUCCAACCCAGAGCUGGAUAACUUGAUGAUUCAAGCCAUCCAAGUCCUACGAUUUCAUCUUCUGGAAUUAGAGAAGGUUCAUGAGCUCUGUGAUAACUUCUGCCACCGGUACAUCAGCUGCCUUAAAGGGAAAAUGCCCAUUGACCUGGUCAUAGAGGAUCGAGACAUCUGCAAGUCUGACUUUGACGACCUCUCCAGAUCCUCCACAAACCUAGCUGAUCAUAACCCAGCGUCUUGGAGAGACAUGGAUGACGCCCACUCCACACCCUCUGUGGGGACCCCAGGACCAUCCAGUGGAGGACACGUCUCUCAGAGUGGCGACAACACCAGUGAACUCGGAGACGCCCUCGACAACAGCUUAGCAUCACCGGGCACAGGAGAUGAGGAUGACCAGGACAAGAAGAGGCAGAAGAAGAGAGGCAUCUUCCCCAAAGUAGCCACAAAUAUAAUGAGAGCAUGGCUCUUCCAGCACCUUACGCACCCGUACCCCUCAGAGGAACAGAAAAAGCAGCUAGCACAAGACACAGGCCUCACCAUCCUACAAGUGAACAACUGGUUUAUCAAUGCAAGGAGGAGAAUAGUCCAACCUAUGAUUGACCAGUCCAACAGAGCAGUGAGUCAGGGUACAGCUUACAGUCCAGAUGGCCAGCCAAUGGGAGGCUUUGUUCUUGAUGGGCAGCAGCACAUGGGUCUACGACCUGGAGGACCGAUGGGUGGCAUGGGCAUGAACAUGGGAAUAGACGGGCAGUGGCACUACAUGUAAAUCCAAUCUACCGAGGCGAGCCCGAAGAACAGGGUGAAGCCUCCAUAGUUGGCUCAGGGAUCCUCCUCAUCCUCUUCCGGCUGGAGUUCAGUACCGGAGCUGGACCCACGUCAAACCCACGUGACCAUACACCGAAUUGACCACGCCCACCUCACCUUGCCCGAGCCCACGAGAUGCGCUCUUGUGGAGGAUUACCAUGGAAACGCCUCACCUGUGCACGAGAGGCUGCCCAUAAACUGAGUUCUAUCUGAACAGAGACCCGGAGCUUUUCAUGACCAAGGACUUCUUAGUGAAGAUGCACUGAAACAUCUACAGUUCCUUUAAAUUAUUUAUUUAUUUCCUAUAACGGCGAACCACAGGAUAGACGACAUUUUUCUCUUUUUCUUCCCAAGGAAAGCUUUACUCCCAAACCCUUAAAUAUGCCCUCCCCUCUGAAUAAAACUGUACAAAGACACACCGCACGCACGCACGCAC